AUGUCUGAAGACAGUGAAGCAGAACACACUGAAGUUGUCACAGGUCCUCAGGAUUUUGACCAUACUCCUAGAAAAUUUAAAAGUAUAGCUAAAGUCUAUGAAAGAUGCAAUGUGUGCAUCAUUGAGCCUGAGUCAUUUGAAGAAGCUGUCAAAGAUGAUUCUUGGCAGAAAGCAAUGGAAAAUGAGAUUAACAUGAUAGAGAAGAAUGACACUUGGGACUUGGUUGAUAGACCAUCUGAUAAACCAGUUAGUGGAGUUAAAUGGGUGUAUAAAACCAAGUUAAACCUGGAUGGUUCUGUUCAGAAGAAUAAAGCAAGGCUUGUGGCAAAAGUAGCUUUGGCUGCACAUAAAGGAUGGAAGCUAUUUCAGUUGGAUGUUAAAUCGGCAUUUCUGAAUGGAGUGCUACAUGAAGAGGUUUAUGUUGAUCAACCACUUGGUUUUGUGAUUAAAAAUAGGGAAGAUGGAGUUUAUAGAUUGAAGAAGGCUUUGUAUGGUCUUAAACAAGCUCCAAGGGCUUGGUAUGAAGAGAUCAACUCUUAUUUUGAGAAGGCUGGUUUCAAGACGAGUCUUAGUGAGGCAACUCUAUAUGUGAAGUUUGCAGAGAGUGGAAUUCUUAUUGUUUCGCUCUAUGUAGAUGAUAUCAUCUAUACUAGAAGUUCUAGAGAAUUGUUGUUGGAUUUCAAGACUGAAAUGAUGAAGCAAUAUGAAAUGACAGACCUUGGUCUGUUACAUCAUUUUCUAGGGUUAGGAGUGAUACAAACUGAAACCUAUAUUUUCUUGCAUCAGAAGAAAUAUGCAAAGACUCUCUUGGAUAUGUUUGGCUUCAAGGAUUGCAAGUCAAUUGCUACUCCUCUUGCAGUGAAUGAGAAAUUGUCUAAGCAGGAUGGUAGUGAACAAGCUGAUGAAAGUUUAUACAGGCAGGUAGUAGGGAGUUUGUUGUAUCUGACUGCAACAAGGCCUGAUAUUAUGUUUGUUGCUAGUCUCUUAGCCAGAUUUAUGCAUGGUCCUACCAGAAAACACAUGGGAACUACUAAGAGAGUGCUUAGGUACAUACAAGGUACACUUGAUUAUGGCAUAGCCUAUGAAAGAGGAAAGGAAGCUGUGCUAAUUGGUUAUUGUGAUAGCGAUUGGUCAGGAAGUGAGGAUGAUAUGAAGAGCACUUCUGGAUAUGCGUUCCAUCUUGGAUCUGGUGUCUUUUCUUGGGCAUCAGUCAAGCAAAGCAGUGUAGCUCUCUCCACUGCAGAAGCUGAAUACGUGAGUGCAGCUGAAGCAACUGCACAAGCAAUGUGGUUGAGAGUGUUUGCUGUGGCACUUCAAAAAGCGGGUUCGCCUUCGAACUUGGAUUUUAAAUCUGAUGGUGUUGACAGUAAGAUAACCGGGUCGCUUAAGCCCGUGGACGUGCUUAUGCUUCCUUGGAUGUGUUGGGCUAUUUCCUGGAAUUCUAGGACUUCGAAAAUUUCCAAAGAGAAAACAGAUUUACCUCCGCCGGAUAUUAAUCAGAUUGUUUCGUCGGCUAUUGUUUCAUGCCCUGAAGUUGGCAGUGGCUUGAAUGUGUGGGAUUGCCAGCUCUCGGGUUUGGAAGUUGAACUUCCUGUGGGGAAGUUUCUUUCUUGGAUUUUGAGAACAGUGCCUAGUCUCCCAGAUUGGUUUUCACAGUUUGUGUAUGCAAUUCUCAAAAACUGUGUUUCUCACAAGGAUGGACAAGAAUGCUCAACUUCAUCACUGGUAGAGAAUUCUUCAACCAUGUCAUACAGUUCUCAUCUUUUGUCCAGUGGAAUAGGGGAGAUCGGGUUUGGGAGAGAGAGAAGGCGAGUGCCACUGUGCACUCGCGCACUCCUCGGGGUUUUGGGGUAA